AUGGCCGACUUAGUUGAGUCUAGUAAAGGUAGUUUAGAGAGUAAAGAUCCUAAACGUAAGACUAAAUGUAGGUUUCCUAUUGCUCGUAUAAAGAAGAUUAUGCAAUUUGAUGAGGAGAUAGGUAAAGUAAGUAGUUCAGCGCCCAUUGUAAUCAGUCAUGCCAUUGAGCUUUUCUUAAUAGACUUACUGCACCUACUAGAAGAAGAGGCCAAACAAAAGAACUCUAAGAAGAUUAUUCUUGCCCAUUUAGAGAGUUGCAUUGCUGCCAAUCAGCAACUAGAGUUCUUAUCUAGUCUGUUACCCUCUAAGAAAUAA